AUGGAGGUUUCAGAAUUGCCACCGGGAAAGUUUGCCGAUGUGUUGCCGGAAAAGUCUAAUGUUGUGUCACCGAAAAAGGUGCCGGAAAAGUCUAAAGUUUUGUCGCCGAGGUCUUUAGUGGAAAAGGUGUUUGGAGGAUACAGUUCAGGGAGUGGAAGUUUCAAGAAGCGUAGUGCAAGUCAGAGUUCCUUAAAUGAAGACAACGAAGGUGGCAUGGAACUCAUGGAGAUUGGAGGACAAAGAACAAAAAAUGUGUUGAUUCUCAUGAGUGAUACUGGUGGUGGACAUAGGGCUUCUGCUGAGGCUAUUCGUGAUGCUUUUCAAAUUGAAUUUGGGGAUGAAUACAAGAUAUUUGUUAAAGAUGUUUGGAAGGAGUAUACAGGAUGGCCAUUGAAUGAUAUGGAGGGUCAAUAUAAAUUCAUGGUUAAGCAUGUUCAGCUAUGGAAGGUUGCUUUUCACAGCACUUCUCCUAAAUGGAUCCACUCUGUCUACUUGGCUGCCGUCGCGGCCUACUACGCCAGAGAGGUGGAGGCAGGGUUGAUGGAAUACAAGCCAGAUAUUAUAAUCAGUGUUCAUCCCUUGAUGCAACAUAUUCCACUAUGGGUUCUGAAGUGGCAAGGUUUGGAAAAGAAAGUUAUUUUUGUCACUGUUAUCACAGAUCUUAGUACCUGCCAUCCUACUUGGUUUCAUCCUUGGGUGAAUAGAUGUUACUGCUCUUCACAAGAAGUGGCGAAUAAAGCCUUACAAGAGGGACUUCAGGAAUCUCAAACUCGAAUAUAUGGUUUGCCUAUAAGGCCUUCUUUCGCUCGCGCGGUUCUUGUUAAGGCUCAACUAAGAGAAGAACUUGAGAUGGAUCCUGACUUGCCAGCAGUUUUGCUGAUGGGAGGUGGUGAAGGAAUGGGUCCUGUCAAGAAAACCGCAAAGGCUCUUGCAGAAUCACUUUAUGAUAAAGUAACUGAAAAACCAAUUGGGCAGAUUGUAGUCAUUUGUGGUCGCAAUAAGAAUUUAGUAGCUUCCGUGGAAGCUAUCAAAUGGAAAAUUCCAGUAAAGGUUAGAGGAUUCGAGACGAUAAUGGCCAAAUGGAUGGGAGCAUGUGACUGCAUCAUAACAAAAGCCGGACCAGGUACCAUUGCAGAAGCAUUGAUUAGAGGUCUUCCUAUCAUCCUCAACGACUAUAUCCCCGGCCAGGAAAAAGGUAAUGUGCCUUAUGUGGUAAACAAUGGAGCUGGUGUCUUCACGCGUAGUUCUAAUGAAACAGCGCGAAUUGUGGCAGAAUGGUUCAGUACAAAACAAGAUGAUCUAAAGAAAAUGUCAGAGAAUGCACUUAAACUAGCGAAUCCAGAGGCCGUGUUUGAGAUCGUGAGGGACAUUCAUGAACUUGCAAAGCAACGCGAACCAGGAGCUUUUCCUUACAUGUUGACCUCAUCAUUUACUAGCAUAAUCUAA